UCACAUCGGAGCUCGACGGGCUCGAACUAGACGGGUUUCGCGGCGAGGUUAAGUUCCUGACGUGUUCGCGAAUGUGCUUGACCGGAGAGACCGAACUAUUUCGGCCGAUCGGCUGAUCCGCUCGUCACGUGACGUUGGCGACGACCUUGGUGAUCGUCCCGUUUUACGAUAAAUCGAUCACGCGCGAGGAAAGGCACUAAAUAGGGUGUAUCUCGCAAAAUUAGAAGAGGUUGGUGAACUGCAAGCAAAAUGUGUAAAAGGUAUUUCUCAUCAAAAAUAUCGGAUUGGUGUAAUAUCCAAAUCCAUGAAAAACUUGAGUGCAAGAGAAACGCGAGAGAAGUUACAAAAAUCUAUGAUGAGAAGAGAACAACAGCUUUACGAGAUAGAACAAACUUUGCCAAAGCCAAAUGGCACAUACCUUAAAAUUAUUCUGGGCAAUGUCAAUGUCUCCAUAUUGAAUAAAAGUGAUAAAUUCAAAUACAAAGAUGAAUAUGAGAAGUUUAAGUUAGUUCUAUCAGUAAUUGGUUUCGUGUUGUCUGUAUUAAAUUUGUUUACCAAUAUAAGGACUCUAGAACUUAGUUUUAUGUUCCUCCUGGUUUGGUACUACUGCACAUUAACGAUAAGGGAAAGUAUACUUAAGGUAAAUGGUUCAAGAAUAAAAGGCUGGUGGAGAUUUCAUCACUUCCUCUCGACCGUUGUGUCCGGUGUUCUACUAGUAUGGCCAAACACAGGAGCGUGGUACAAAUUCCGCGGCCAGUUCAUGUGGUUCAAUGUAUACAUCAGCGUAGUUCAAUACUUACAAUUCCGAUACCAACGUGGCGUGCUCUACCGAUUAAAAGCACUGGGCGAGAGGGAUAACAUGGAUAUCACCAUCGAAGGUUUCCAUUCGUGGAUGUGGCGUGGUCUUUCGUUCUUGCUUCCAUUCCUUUUCCUCGGCUAUCUGUUUCAACUACAUAACGCAUACACGUUGUAUAAGUUGGCGUUCCAUCCAGAAGCAACGUGGCAUGUGCCAGUGCUUAGCGCAAUGUUCUUAGUGCUGUUUCUGGGCAACAUCACAACUACUAUUAUGGUGAUCCCUCAAAAGCGUCGGGAACGUGUCAAGCACCAUCUGUUCGCGUCCGGGGGAGAAAACACGCACGAUAAGGAAAGCAAGAAUGAUAAGGACGAGUGAGAGAAGGAAAAAGACACGGUACUUCCGGCUGAUCAGUUGGUGAGAGACACAACCAGACCACCGAAACUGGAUUACAACGAGUAAUAAGAAAUAAGACGAGACUAUUAUGCUGUAUAUGGGUGCUGGUGCCAGUUUCUUCUAACGUAACAAACGAUACUUCUCUUUUUCUCUCUAUCUGUUGCGCUCUCGUUGCGCUUGAACUGUGCGCAUGGAGAAGAAAAAAAAACGAAAAAACAGGCAUGAUAAUCGAAGGCAUGACACUUUCAUGUGACUUCGAAUGCAACGUGAUUUGUUUUCGAUUAUGUUCUUGGACAAAGUUCGUCAUCGAUUGUUCUUCCGGGAUCGCUCUUUCUAUAGGCUGUCCUGAAAUAAACGGACUCAAUCUCGACGAUACAUUUCGCAAAAGUUUUGUGUCGAUUCUUUCGGGGACAAGGUUCUUUCCCUGCUGUCUUCCUAUUUUUAACUUCAGAAAAUCUCAAGAAUUGAGAUUCCACUUUAAGUCGAAAUCUAUUGGUAGCAAACUAUAAAAAUGCGUCAUUUCUUUAUUUUUUUUUUACCUUGCGUUCUAAUAAAAAUUUCUCAUUUUAAAUUAUUCGAGGAUAACGCGCAACUUUUUUGUCACACCGCUUGUUUUCACAUUUGCUUAGCAAGUUUUAAUUUGCUAACAAAUUCUCUUCUACGCCGGAUUUAAGUAUGCAAUCAAAAUUUUUCUAUCUGCCCAAAGUUUUGAAAUUGCUAAGACAUUUCAGUUGAAGAGAAUAUAUAAUUUGUAAAUAUAUAAACAUAUAUUAUAAUAUAUUAAUAAAUAUAUAUUUACAAAUUAUCUUCCUUCCUAGCAAUGCAAGCUUAUGUUGUAAUAAUAUAUCUAUCUAUAUUUACAAGUUAUCUUAAUAUGUUAAUAGUAUAUUUUUUCACAUAGAAAAACUAGGGGAUGAUAGAGAAAUUCCGAGUGCACAUUUGUGUCGAGUGUUUCAAAAUACAUAAGAAAAAAAAAAGAGAAAACAUUUCGACUAAUCUACGUGACAAAUGACUGUUGAAUAAUGUUAUGUAGCGCCUCAAUGUGUUCCCCUGAGAGAACGAUCGACUUCGAAACAGUUGUAUUCCGUUUAUUCCGAGACGUUCCGCAUACAAUUUUCAUUGGGACUCCGAACACACGCAUUUAUUUUCAAGCGCAUUAACAUUUAGCUAUUGUGCUAUCGAUAGCGACGAUACGUGCGUAUCGACGUCAAGCGGUUCGAGAUCGAAAGCCGGUUAAUUUAUUCUCGAGCAAACGUAUAUGCAUAUACACGGAACAUACGCGCGCGGAAAAGACAAUCCGGAUAUAAAAGAAAGGAUUAAAAAUACAGGAGAUAUUCUUUAAUUCUUUUCUUUUUCUAGAUCAGCUGCGCGCGCGCAUACACAUUCGCAUACAUGUACACCCACGCACAUGUUUGUAAAGUGUAGCCGCUCUACAGAUAUAUAUAUAUAUCGAAUGCUGGGCGAAAAUUGACGGGAACGAAACAUUGGAAUAUUUUUUCCUUGAUUUUUGAAGACACGGCGAAACAGUGCGUAGGAAGAAAUAUGUGCGCGUUUACCUUCGAAAGGAAAUUUGAACAGCCUCGUUGACUCGGAUAGAAAUGACUCGAUGGAAGAGAAAAUACGUUCAUCUUCCUUUGUGGAGCCGCAUGUAUUGUAAUGUUCUCCGCAUCUCUUCGCACUUACCGGUCGAAGACAAAUAUUCUAAAUGUUUCUAUUGGCUCGUAAAUAAAGCCUGUGUACAGUCGAUAUCUUGCGUUGAUUUCUCGCGCGAUUUCUUGCGCGAUUCUCAUUGAUAUUCGUCCGAUGAUAAUGAAAUGUGGAAUGAAAUGUGGAUGUAAUUUCUUGUUGCGCAAAGAGACCUCGGAUGAUGCGGUGCUUAUGUACCAUAUGAUUAUUACUGCGCUGUCGGUGUAUUUAUUGAGACGCAUGUGUAAAUAAAAGCGUGAAUCGAGCCGCCUAAUGCUGUACUAGUACACAAAGAAAGGAAGUUCGUCGGUAGUUAGUCGCUACGUGUUAGCCGACUUGCUAAUUUUCCUUCUCUUUGCGUUUCUCUUUCUCUUUUCUUUUUUUCGCUUCUUUUUCCCCGACUUCCAUCCGCAUCAAAUGUAGGCGCGAAAACGCGCGUGUCGUCGAUGUACACCUGGCGGCGGCCGAGUGUACAUUUUACUGUACGCUCAAUUUGUAACACAAUGGUGAUAGUAAAACUUAUAUACAUACAUA